AUGUUGUCGACAUUAGCACGUACCUCCAGACUCCAGGCCUCAAGGUCCUCUCGCGCCGCUUUCUCGACUUUCAGACCGCUACGCCAACAACCAACCUACCAACCGCCCACACCUUCAGAACCAGAAAACCCGCAUCGCGCCUUCUACAAAUCUUUUGGCCGUCCAAUCGCAAAAGUCUUCUUGAUGGCUCUCUUCACAUACCAAGUACUACACUACGGCUGGCUGAGACUGGAAGCCAUGGAGGAAAAGGAGGAAAAGACUACCGAGUUGCAAGGUCUGGAGAGUCAACUGAGAGAAAUGACAAAAUCGCCAAAGAAAGCUUGA